AAGUAGGGAUAUGAAGAAAAACGAAAGAGAAAGGAUAAGAAGAUCCAACGGUGGAGAAAAAAAGUAAUGGCGAGGCGCGGAAACAAGGAGCCGCUGACGCCCAAUAGUUUGGAAUCAAACUCCCGACCACAAACAUUAUUUGACAUCCCAUACGCACACUUUCACUCACUCCCCUCUCUCUCUCUCUCUCUCUCUCUCUCUGACUCACCCCAUUACCACCAUCCCACCAAUCACAUUUCAACUCUCCCUUUUAACUGUUAACUAAUAUCUCUCUCUCUCUCCCACACACUUUUAUUCCUUCACUUCUCUUCACCAUUAUAUAUAACCCUACCAUCCUCCUGUAUGCUUCAACUCUCUCUCUCUCUCUCUCUCAAUCUCUCCCUCUCUCUCUCAUUAUUUAUCUCCAUACACUAAUCAACCUUAUCUGCUUAAUUUCACUUGAGUCUGGAAAGAGAAGAAAAAUGAGCUGCAACGGAUGCCGAGUCCUGAGGAAAGGAUGCAGUGAAAACUGCAUACUGCAACCAUGCUUACAGUGGAUCCAAACUCCUGAAGCUCAAGGCCACGCCACCGUCUUUGUCGCCAAGUUUUUCGGCCGCGCUGGCCUCAUGUCUUUCAUCUCCGCUGUUCCUCAUCCUCAGAGACCUGCUCUCUUUCAGUCUUUGUUGUUCGAAGCUGCUGGAAGGACCGUAAAUCCAGUCAACGGAGCCGUCGGUCUUCUGUCCUCAGGCAACUGGCACAUCUGCCAAGCCGCCGUCGAAACAGUGCUGCGCGGCGGCGCGUUGCGUCCACUCACAGAUCUGGAAUCAUCAUCUUCUGAAUGCACUGAUAUACUCAAGCUUAAAGAUUCGACCUCUACUUCUCGGUUAAGAGUGGAGAAGCGUCGGCGAUACGAGCCAGAGAUGAAGCUGCCUGAUCCAUCUCCUAAUUUCUCUGGAGCAAAUUUGCCGGCGAAGAUGACGUUAGAGAAGCGGCGAUCGGAGACGCCUUCGAGAACAUCGGAGGAGUCGGUGACGACGUCGUGUUACGAAAGCGGAAGUGGAUUACGAGAAGUUAAACUGCUUAAUUUGUUUUAAGUAUGAUGAUAAUGAGAUGUAUCAGUUUUGUAUGCUUAUUUUAUUAUUACGGCGAGGUUUUGGAUUCCCCUGCUUUCUCUGGGUUGUUAUUUCUCUGGAUUUUGAGGGAGAUUUCAAGGUUUUUUUUUUCUGGUCCUUGGUAACAAUAAUUGACAACCGAGUUAUUAUUAUAUUAAUAUAAUCUUGUUAUAUUAAUAUAAUCUUGUUAAGCCA